AAUCCGGUUUCAUUGUCCGUACGUUCAACGUCAGACAAAUAUUUUGAAACGCUAAAUAGUUCAAACACAAUUGCAUGAAACGAGAAAUAUUAUAUGUUUUAUAGAAAAUUGUCCCCUUAGUAUUUAGUUGUGAGUUCCGAUAUAAAAAUACUAUAUUAGAUGUGCGUUGAUUCGGAACUAGACUUACAAUGAGCUAUAUUCAAGAAGCCAACGUUUCAAAUAUUUUUUUCUGUAGAAAGAGCUGCAAAUUGCACGUAAAAUACUGUGGAAUUUUGAACGCACUCCAAAAGAACGGAAGAAUAAUUUAUGUACACUCGUUUUAUACCUAAGUGGAUGUACAUCAUUGGAUGAUGCCCCAAUGCAAAAGGACCAGGCUAUGAUACACAAAUUAGAUUGAUUGAUUCCGUUGAAACACAAGCUAUUUAACAUUUGCAAUUACUCAAGUCCGGGGUCGUAGAUAGCUGAGCCGCAAUGGUGGAGAAGUCCGACCGGGCACCGCUACUGGACUGGGAGGAGGUUCCUCCGGCGGAGAAGCCUGUUCCCACACCAGUACAGGAGAAGGACGUCAAGGGGCCGAGCCCCGCCAAUAGUCGGGCGUCGGGAUGCACUGCGCCGGGGAUAGGGUGGAGCACCAGUCCGGGGGGUCCUGAGUUUUUAACAUCAGCAGUCUCUAGCAUAGACACAUCACUCUCAUCCAGGAGCACGAUCCCCACCCCUGCGGAAUGGGAUGCUCAGUGUCCCGACAAGGAUGACCAUACCCCGGCCUCAGGACAAGGAGAGGUGCCGCACGACAUCAUGGUGAAAUGGGAAGAAAAGGAUCCGAUCGUGGCCGUGUUUGUGGUUACAUUUGAUACAAGAUCAGGUAACAUGUUAGAGUGGUGUCUGCCAGGGGACAUGAACCUGGAGGGAGUAGAGUUCAAGGCUAUGGCCAGCGGCUCCCAUAGAGUCUCCAGCGACUUCAUAUACUUCCGUAAGGGCGGGUACUUUGGCCUGGCGUGCUUUGCCAACAUGGCGGUGGAUAGUGUGGUGGAGAGGGGGGCAAGAAUGAAGUCUGUGGGUAUCCUGUCAACAUCUUACACCCUGCUGUACCGAUACAUGAGCUUCCUGGAACACCAAGUCAGGCUCCAGUUGAAAACUCCUGGCCAGUACUCUCCUCUGGAGGCGUUCUUUGAGGAUAAGAGAUCAGUGCUGCCCCCCGAUGGGGGGAGUGUGGUUACUGCAUGUCCUGGCAGUGCCUGGGGAGCAGCUCUCAACCACUGUAUGCACCCUGAGAUGAAGAUCACCCACCCAGCUGGCUGCAUGUCUCAGUUCAUCCAGUUCUUUGGGGAGCAGAUCAUGGUCCUGUGGAAGUUAGCUCUGCUGAGGAGACGUAUCCUCAUCUUCUCUCCUCCACCUGUGGGCGUGGUCUGUUACAGAGUGUACUGCUGCUGUUGCCUGGCCAACGUGUCCAUUCCGGGGGUGGGCGUGGCCGUGCCAGAGUUCCGCCCCUUCUUCUAUGUCAACGUGGCAGACAUUGAUACCCUGGAUACGGAACUGUCCUACGUAGCAUGCACCACAGAGAAGAUCUUUGAGGAGAAGCGGGACCUGUACGACGUCUAUGUGGAUAACCAGAAUGUGAGGACGACCAGAGAGAGUCUGAAGCCUUUACUGCGGCUCAGCGCUGCAGACAGAGAGAAGUACCGCAGACUCACGGAACAGAGGCAGAUGCUGUUAUAUUCUCAGGAGGAGAAUGGAGACUGUGUGUCCAGUGAAGAGGACCACUUCAUUCUGUUUUUCCUGGAGCAGAAUAACCGUAUCUUCCAGACGCUCAGUGAGGUGGCAGGGAGCCCUGAGCCCAUCCUAACCCAGGAGAGUGUGAGGGCCAUGGGGCUUGACCCUCACGGAGACAGGCUCUUCCUGCUCCACCUGCUGGAGACAUACGGCUAUGACAGCCUCCUGGUCACUGAGCACCCUUGCUGCAGCUGAGGCCUGGGUGGCACACUGACUGACCGACAGGAUCCUGUUCACUCAGACACACAGACUCAAUGCAGACAGUCUGGAGUCUGGACUGAGAGGUCAGAAUAUUUUGGCAAGGCUGAGACAAAGGCCUGUAUUCAUAAAGCGUCUCAGUAGUGCUGAUCUCAGAUCCGUUUAGCCUUUUAGAGCUCAUUGAAUAAGACUUACAUGGACAGGGGGGACCUGAUCCUAGAUUAGCAUUCCUACUCAGAUGCUUUAUGAAUAAGGGAGACCCUGAGGCCCAGACAAAGCAAAUGAAUGGAGAGAGCCAUGGAACAAGAAAAGUUCUUGGUUCUUGGUACUGUCCUAUGACAUUCAUGGGUGCUCAAUCUGGACUGUUAACCGUCGCCUUCCUGCCUGUCAAUAAAAUGUACAGUAACAGAGGAAUGUCAUUCAUGUCUAUCCCCAACCCUCUUUUUCUGGAAGAGUGGAGCCAAACACAAACAUCCUGGAACUCUGGAGAUUCGGUGCCUAUGAGCAGAAUUUACCAAGAAAGUCAUGCUUACGGUUUCCUUAUGUUUUCAAAUGGGGAGUCAAAUCUAAAGUCUGUGGUAAUGUCCUCAAACUGAGGGAGGAUUUGUCACUUCUCUUAAUAGGACAUCUAUUUAUUUAUGUUUUUGAGAGAAGAAAUCACCAAACUUUUGUCUUUAAAUAGAAAGGGAUCUGUAGAAUGUGUUUUAUUAUAAAAUGAUCCCAUUAAGUCACUGCUAAGCCCAAAACCACUGUGGUCAGCAUUGUAUAGAAAUGGCCACCAACACCAUCCAUAAUCAUGAUACGACAGACCUGAUACUAAGUGCCCGAUUCAAUCCGUAGCGCUGAAGAUCCACGCUACAGUGCGAUAUACAUUUAAAGGCCAUGUUUUACACGUUCACGGAGACUGCAUUCCCGGUAAACGCUGCAUAUGUCAACUCAUUCGGAAAUGACCUUUACAUUUCAGUCACGCAACUUCUGUGAUACGGACUGAAUCGAGCCCUUAAGUACACAAUACUAGUUCACAUGUGGAUUUGGUUUCCAGUGAAAGAGGGGUCAGGACUCACCAGCACACUUUCUUAUGAUGUCCAACAUAGAAAUGUAACAAUUUUAUAUUACUUUAAAAAUGUACUUUAUCACAGCCAUUUGACCAAGAGGUUUUGGGCUCAAAUUGAAACGUAUUCUCGUGGUGUUUCCUCAAUUCUCUGUCAAAUAUAUACGAAGAGUGAAAAAUGUGAAUGAGCUCGUGGCUCAAUGGUUAUAUCCUAUCCUUCAGACCAAGAGGUCGUAGGUUCAAACUUCAUUUCUUAUACUGUUGUGUACGUUUCAGCAACUCUCGAUGUCAAACAUACAAAGAGUGUGGUAUAAAAUGUGAUGGAGA